GCCACCGUGAGAAAUAAAGUGGCAGUGCGAGCUUUGCGGGGACAUCAGUGGCUGUUUGGCAGCGCGGCGCAUCGCUCUGCUUCCCCUCGCUGCGGUGAUUAAAGUUGAGCCGCUGACCUGCGCGCUUCCUCCCGGGGAAACUGCGCGUUUAACGAGCGUCAGUUUCCAUUUCUCCACUCCAGAUCAUUUGUUGCUGUCCGAGAGCUGAGCUUCAGCCCGGCGCACGGACGGAUCCGGCUCCCAGGAUCACAGAUGGACUGGCUCGCACCUGAGAUGUGAACUGUGUUAUGUGAGCCAAGGUGUUUUCCCACCUUGCCGGUGGGGAAGAGAUGCUGCACUCCGUUACCAUGGCAGCGGAAGUUCUCCUUCUUCUGGGGUUCCUGAUGAGCGGCGCCCUCUGCAAUCCCAUAGCGACGCUGCCGGUGAGCCGGGAUCGUCUGGAGAAGGUGCUGACCCAGUCCCGUCAUGAGGAACAGCAGGACAAGCAGAGUCCAGAGGAGCCGCUGGAGUAUGCCGCUCAGGAAACCAAAGCCUUCGGCCCCAACAGGACUGCCCCAGACCUCACUGGGCCUAGCUUUAGCUCCCUGUCACGCGGACUGAAAGGUGGCGAAUCCGAGCAGCAGUGGAGUGAACAGGACAGCCUAAACCAAAUAGACGAGGGCCCCACCAGAGACGUGGCCCUCUCCCUGGAUGCCAUCGACGAGUACGCCUACCCGGACUACAGAGGGAAAGGCUGCAUGGACGAGAGCGGCUUUGUGUUUGCCAUCGGCGACCAGUUCACCCCAGGCCCCUCGACGUGUCCUUGCCUCUGCACGGACGAGGGCCCUCUGUGCACCAAGCCCGAAUGUCCCAAGGUCCACCCUCGCUGCAUCAAAGUGGACACCAGCCAGUGCUGCCCUCUGUGCAAGGAGAAAAAAAACUACUGCGAGUUUCGGGGCAAGGUCUACGCCUCACUAGAAGAGUUUAAGGUUUCUCCGUGUGAGAAGUGCCGGUGUGAGCCCAGUGGAGAGGUUCUGUGCUCGGUGUCCGCCUGUCCUCAGACUGAGUGUGUGGACCCGGAGUACGAACCCGACCAGUGCUGUCCCAUCUGCAAGAGCGGGCCCAACUGCUAUGCGGACACAGAGGUGAUACCAGCUGGGCGAGAGGUGAAGAUUGAUGACUGCACAAUCUGCUACUGCACGUAUGAGGAGGGCACGUGGCAGAUCGAGCGGCAGGCCACCUGCAGUAAAAACGAGUGCUAACAAAGCUAAAGACUGGCACAGGUGAGGAGGGGCGGAGGAGGCAACACCCUCGCCGAACCACAUGCACACUCUCGGACUCUCACCCAGUCCACUGAUGAUCAGGGUCAGAGCGGCGCUCCAACAAUUCAGCAUUUAUACAGCAGCCACUCCCCAACGACUGACAAUGCUUUUCUGAAAGUUUCUAAUCUUCACACAGAUUAUCUAUUUAUCUAUGUAUUAAAUUAUUUCUGAAUAUAUUCAAAAUAUAAGGUCAUGCUGAACUAGUGAAAAGAUAUUUUUUAUAAUUUCUGUAUUUUAAUAAGCAAUGUACUGGACCAGAGGUCAACAACAACAAAGGAAUGUACAGAACACACGCUCACACACACACAGCUGUCUCUAGAGGUGAAAAACCUCAAUGUCUGAACAUGUGGUGUCAUCGUGACCUGACCCAACACCAGUCCGGUGCUCAUAACGACGCCUGACUCAAUCUGUCCUGAAACUAGUCCAUACCCCACCCCAAACACCACGCCAGAAACCAGUUCAGACCUUUCCCAAAACCUGCCCAACGUCCAUUCCAACACAAGUCCUUACCAGUCCUCACACCAGUUCUCAUAACAGUCCAGAUAGCAAUCCUGGAACCAGGCCCAACUUCAGUCCUAACUGGCUGAACCUGUUCUAACACCAGCAGAAGUCUCCACACUAGGCCCAGACCCGUCCAACACUCUUGACACAAUCUUGACAAAUGUUCCAACUCGGUCCUGACUGCUCCGACCACUAGUCCCAGCAGAAAUACCUACACCAGUCUUGAUAUCGGACCCAACACCACCUCAAACUCCAGACCCAAUACCAGUCCAAACACCAGACCAAUAUCAGCCCUAACACCAGUCUCUACAACCUUCCAACACUAAUCUUAAUACCAGUCCCAACAUUAGUCCCAAGACCAGUAACAACACCUGGAACUCAUCCAACACCUCUCUUGACACCUAGACACAUGGCCCAACUUCAGGUCUGACCAGUCCCAACAGAUGUCCCUGCACCAGUCCCUGCACCAGUCCAACUCCACUCCUGACACCAGUCUUGACACAUGGCCUAACUUCAGUUCUGAGCCGUCCCAGCAGAACUCCUUCCUUUCUGUCUUGACACCACUUUAGACACCAAUCUCUCUACCACCAAAGUGCAGACCAGACCAUCUUUUUAUAACCAAAGGUGGCCAAAUGUUUGCUGUGUAAGACGACCAAGUUCAAAAUCAAUACUGAGAACUGCUAAGGUAUUCACACCCCCGAACAGUCAGACAGUGAAAUGUGAAACUGGAAUUUUAAGUGAUGGACUAAAACAAAGUCAUUUAUAAUAGGAACUCUGCAUUUGUAUCCAACCCCAAUUUCCUCUCUGGCCCAAUUAAAUCCACUACCACCAAUCUAUAGAAAUCACUGGAUCAGAGAAGAGUCCACCUGUUUUAAAAUGGUCUAAUCAAAGUCCAGACCUAAAUCCAAUUGAAUAGCUGUUGAAAGACAAAUGCUUUCUGGCCAAUUUGCCAAGAAAAAGUAUGUCAGAAAUUCAUCCUGUAUGUGCGUAAAUGUGGUAGAGAGAAAGCUCAGAGUCGUGAGCUGUCUCACCUGUCACUGUUUUGACAUGCAUGUUUCAUUUUCCUCCCACUCUACCCCCAUGUACUAUUUUGUUUUGCUUUCUUGGUCCAUCACAAAAAUUCCAGUAAACAUGCUGAAGUUUGUAACAUGAAAAACGUGAAACGAAAAUCAAAGGUGUGAAUACUUUGGCGAAGCAGCGCUGCAGUGAAACGAAACCAGAGGGAUAAUUCAAAAGGACUCGACUGUUUCUGCUUUUCUUUCAUCUUUUCUGGAUGUUCAAAUGUGCUUUGAUUUGAAAGUGCUUUUUUGUAUUUCUCUUCGUAUUGGUGUUCAUGUUUGAAACAAAUGCCAAUCUGUGCUCUGUAAAUGCUCAAAUAGUAACUUUUUAUAGUCCAUGUCGGUGGUGUUUUGUAUUGACGGUCUUACAAAUGAAUAAAAAUGUUUCUGCUUUUAUUUGAA